GUCUGGUGUGUAGGAGCUAUUAGCAGAGUGACACAGACUUACAGAGCCAGUGGCAAUUUCAAGAAACCUGUGGAGUACUUGUUUAUAAGUGAAUCUCCAAGAAGAGCGUCCUCAUCCAACUGAAUUAUCAGAGAAUUACAGGAGUCAAAAUGAAAGUGAUCUUCCAGUCCUUCCUUUACUGCUGUCUACUGGCGACAGUAGCACACUGUGUGGAACUUGAAGUUAAUCCGGAGUUGAAAAAAAGUGUAUCAUUAGAGAAGACAGAAGAGUCAGAAAACUUUGUCAGACCAGAAGAUAUCAGGGAUACUUUGCUGCCACAUUCCAGCACUGACAUCAAUGUCCGAACCAAGAGGUCUGAAGACUCAGCCAACCAGUCAAGAAGACACGGCUGUACACUGGGCACCUGCACAGUGCACGACCUGGCACAUCGCCUGCACCAACUUAAUAACAAGUUCAAGAUCGAGACUGACCCUGUUCAUAAGAUCAGCCCAUAAGAUGAGGACAAAUAGAGGACAGUCCAGAAAUGAGAACAUGGCAUCUUCUCGAUUUCCUUGUUCUCUAUUCCAUAAAUUCACAGUGCAAUAUAAACUCGAUCACAUUUAUAACAAUAAAUCAUGUCAGGAAUUCACUGUAUGGUAUAAAGUCAAAUGAACCGGAUCCAUACAGUACGACAUUUAUUGGCAGUUGUUUUAUGUCUCUUGUACUCAUUACAAGCAUGACUGGAAGCUUUUCCUGUAAGCACUUACUGGAUAUUAUUCCGGUUUUUAUAAACAGUUCUUAGUGAAAUCAUACAGGAAAUGAAAGAUAAACCUGUGACUGAAUAAAAAUAUGUACAGGUUUAGGUUGAGUCCACAGAGCUUCAUACAAAUUAAAAGCGUGAUCAUUUAAAAAAU